CCCUGGCCUCGGCCUUCCCUCAGGACCCAAUCCCAGGGCAACGUGGGCUCUGAGUCCCCCGGCCUCGCUCACCCCUGCCCGCGACCCCUUGGCCCCUGGCCCAGGCCUCCAGGCCCACCCUCCUGGAGAGUCACAGCAGGCCACACUGAGUGGAAGGGCCGAGGCCAGCGCCGCACACGCCUGCUGACGCACGUGGACCUUUGACCGCCAGGGCUUCAAGAACCGACAGCGUGCGCUUUCAGAGCGAGCCGGAGGAGGACGUGCCGCUGGGCCCACACCUGACAGCCUGGAGUCAUUGGAUGUCGUGCACCCCGUGCGUGUGGAUGCAACUGGAACCUUCCUGUCCUUCGAGCUCUGGCCACGCAUGGUGAAGAAGCGGGCAGCUCCAGAUGCAGAUUCAGAUUCAGGGCCUGCACCCCAUGCCACACCCACCUUCUUCCAGCUUCGCUAUCGCGGACUCGAGCUGCACUUCAACCUCUCAGCCAAUGCCCAGCUGCUGGCACCAGGCUUUGUGCUCGAGACGCGGCGAACGGGUAACCUGGGCCACACGCAUAUCCAGCCCCACAUGCCUGCCUGCCACCUGCUGGGCCAUGUGCAGGACCCACAGCUUGAGGGCGGCCGAGCAGCCAUCAGCGCCUGCGAUGGAUUGAAAGGAGUUUUCUGGCUGUCUGGUGAGGACUACUUCAUUGAGCCCCUGGAUGGGGCUCCAAACCAGCCUGGCCAUGCACGGCCCCACGUGGUGUAUAAACACCAGACCACUGAGAGGUGGGCAGAGCAAGGAGACAUCCAGGCUUCACGUACCUGUGGGGUACAAGUGUCCCCAGAGCUGGAGCGUCAACAAGAGGACUGGGAGCAGCCACAGCCGGGGAAGCAACAGCGGCAGAAGCGUUUGUACCAUGGCUCAGUCAGCAAGGAGAAGUGGAUAGAAACCUUGGUGGUGGCUGAUACUAAAAUGGUGGAAUACCAUGGGCAGCUGCAGGUGGAGAACUAUGUGCUGACCAUCAUGAAUAUGGUGGCUGGCCUGUUUCAUGACCCCAGCAUUGGGAACCCCAUCCACAUCACCAUUGUGCGCCUCAUCCUGCUGGAAGAUGAAGAGAAGGACUUAAAGAUCACACACCAUGCAGAUAACACCCUGAGAAGCUUCUGCAAAUGGCAAAGAAACAUCAACAUGAAGGGGGACGCCCACCCCCAGCACCAUGACACAGCCAUCUUGCUCACCAGGAAGGACUUGUGUUUAGCCAUGAACCAGCCCUGCGAGACCCUGGGCCUGUCCCACGUGGGGGGCAUGUGUCAUCUGAACCACAGCUGCAGUGUCAGCGAGGACACUGGCCUGCCGCUUGCCUUCACCGUGGCCCAUGAACUCGGACACAGUUUUGGCAUGCAUCAUGAUGGAAGCGGCAAUGACUGUGAGCCUGUUGGGAAACCGCAUUUCAUCAUGUCUCCACAGCUCCUGUACGACUCCGCCCAGCUCACCUGGUCCCGCUGCAGCAGCGAAUACAUCACCAGGUUCCUCGACCGUGGGUGGGGCAUGUGCCUGGAUGACCACCCAACCACUGAUGUCAUCGACUUCCCCUCUGUGCCGCCCGGGGUCCUGUACGAUGUGGACCACCAGUGCCGCCUCCAGUACGGGGCCAAUUCCAUCUUCUGUGAGGACGUGGACAACGUCUGCCACACUCUCUGGUGCUCCGUGGGAUUGACGUGUCACUCCAAGCUGGACCCUGCUGUGGACGGCACCAAGUGCGGGCAUGGCAAGUGGUGUUUUAAUGGGGACUGCGUCCCUAUGGGUUUCCGGCCUGAGCCCGUGGAUGGCGGCUGGUCCGACUGGAGCGCCUGGUCCGUCUGCUCACGGAGCUGUGGAAUAGGUGUGCAGAGUACUGAGCGGUGGUGCACACAGCCUGAGCCCAAGUACAAGGGCAGGUUCUGCGUGGGCGAGCGCAGGCGCGUGCGCCUCUGCAGCCUGCAGGCCUGCCCUCAAGGCCAGCCUUCCUUCCGCCAUGUCCAGUGCAGCCACUUCGACUCCAAGCCCUACAAGGGCCAGCUGCACACAUGGAUACCCGUGUUCGACUAUGGAAACCCCUGUGAGCUGAACUGCCAGCCCUCCACCGAGCACUUUUCCGAGAAGCUGCGUGACGCUGUGAUUGACGGCACCCCCUGCUACAAGGAUCAGACCAUCCGUGACCUCUGCAUCAACGGAAUCUGUAAGAGCGUGGGUUGUGACUUCGAGAUUGACUCGGGUGCUGUGGAGGACCGCUGCGGAGUGUGCCAUGGCAACGGCUCCACCUGCCACACUGUGAGCGGCACCUUCGAUACGGCGGAGGGCCAGGCAGUGUUGUCCAGGCUGCCUACCCUCUCACGUCCCAGACUCCGCAGCUACGAAGUGGGGGUGAUGAUGGUGGCCUGUGACGGGCUUGUCUCCCCGAGCUUACACAGGUACGUGGACGUGGGGCUGAUCCCCACUGGAGCUCGUGACAUCCACAUUGAGGAGGUGGCCGAGGCCGCCAAUUUCCUGGCCCUGCGCAGCCACGAGGACCCGGACGAGUACUUCCUCAACGGUGGCUGGAUCAUCCAGUGGAGUGGGGAUUACCAGGUGGCGGGCACCACCUUCACCUACACCCGCACAGGCGACAGAGAGAACCUCACCUCCCCGGGCCCCACCAGUGAGCCUGUCUGGAUCCAGCUGCUGUUCCAGGAGUACAACCCUGGGGUGCGCUACGAGUACACAAUCCACAGAGAAACUGAGAACCUCAGUGUGGUGCCGCCACCUGAAUUCUUCUGGCACCACGGGCCUUGGAGCGAGUGCACAGUCACCUGCGGCACAGGUGUGCAGAGGCAGAUCGUGUACUGUGUGGAGAAGCAGGCAGGGCUGGUGGAUGAGAGACACUGUGACCCCCUGGCCCGGCCUGAUGACAGCCACAGGCCCUGCAGUGAGGAGCCCUGCCCCGCCCGGUGGUGGGCUGGGGAGUGGCAGCACUGCUCCCGCUCCUGUGGUUCCAAAGGUGUCUCCCGCCGGGCUGUGCUCUGCCUCCAGAGUGUGGGGAUGGAGGAGCAGAGUGCCCUGGACCUUUCCGCCUGCGAGCACCUUCCUCGACCCCCCGCCGAAACCCCUUGUUACCCCAAUGUGCCCUGCCCAGCCACCUGGGCUGUGGGCAACUGGUCUCAGUGCUCAGUGACAUGUGGGAAUGGCACUCGGCAACGAAUUACCAUCUGUACCAAUGACACGGACCUCCCCUGUGAUGAGGCCAACCGGCCAGCAACUGAGGCCUCCUGCGCCCUGCAGCCCUGCCAGAACAUGCUGGUCCCCGAGGCCUCUGGCAGUGGUGCCACCAGCCCCGAGCUCUUCAAUGAGGUCGACUUCUUCUCAAACUCCCUGGCUGAACACCCCCUGCCCAACUCCACGCCUGAGUCAGACAGCAUCAGCAAUCGCAUUGAGGACCUGAACCCACCUGGGCCCGUGUGGGUGGAUGACUUCUACUACGACUAUAACUUCAUCAAUUUCCACGAGGACUUGUCUUAUGGAACCCCUGAGGAGCCCAACCUAGACCUGGUGGAACAGAUGCCUCCACCCCAGAGCAGCCCUGCUGAGCACCCCAUGGAGUCCCCCAGAGCUGAGGAGGGGGCAGAGCAGGGAGCUGGCCACCUCUCACCCCCGCCCUUGCAGCAGCUCCCCGGGAGCCUGCUAGUCCCUUCCCUGUCUGAGGAAGAUGCCCCCAUGGCUGCCCCUGAUGUUGGGCUCCCUAUUUCGGUCACAAGCACAGAGAUACCCACUGCCCCUGUGAGCCCCAACAAGCUCCUAGUGAGGGAGGACAGCCAAAGCCAGCCACCCCUGCCACACUGGGACGGGACCAAUGACAUCUCCAAGGACAGGGAAGAGACUGCAGGCUACAGAGCACCCCACCUGCCCCAAGGCCCUGGCUCCAUGCAACCCCCUUGGCCCCCUGUCCACCCCACCCCCAACUUUCCUGAUCCGAAUGUGCUGCUGCAGACAACAAGGACCAUGACCUGGGACCCCACACUGGAGAGGGACCCACGCAGGAAGAUGUGGCCCACAGCAGGGGUGGCUACUCCCUCUCCUCUUAACACCACCCCUGUGCCCAGGAGCUGGGACCAGGACAGCCCCCUGACAGUGACAGGGACCAUCCCUCCAACCGAUGAGGAGAGCCGCCCCUCAGACCCACCCGCCGGGAAUGCCAGCUGGCAAGUGGGGAACUGGAGCCAGUGCUCCACUACCUGUGGCCUGGGUGCAGUCUGGAGGGCAGUGUACUGCAGCUCUGGCCGGGACGAGGACUGCGCUACUGCUGGACGGCCCCAGCCCGCCCGCCACUGCCACCUGCGGCCCUGCGCUGCCUGGUACACAGGCAACUGGAGUAAGUGUUCCCGCAGCUGUGGUGGAGGCUCUGCGGUACGGGACGUGCACUGUGUGAACAUACAGGACCUCCAGCCACUGCGGCCCUUCCACUGCCAGCCUGGGCCCGCCAAGCCACCCCACCAGCAGCCCUGCGGAACCCGCCCCUGCCUAAGCUGGUACACCUCCUCCUGGAGAGAGUGCUCUGAGGCCUGCGGUGGUGGCGAGCAACAGCGUCUGGUGACUUGCCCGGAACCGGGACUCUGUGAGGAGGCGCUGAGACCCAAUGCCACUCAGCCCUGCAACACCCACCCCUGCACAAAGUGGGUGGUAGGACCCUGGGGCCAGUGCUCAGCACCCUGUGAUGGAGGCGUCCGGCGGCGCCUAGUCAAGUGCAUCAACACGCGGACAGGGCUGCGUGAGGAAGACAGCGAGCAGUGCGGCCACGAGGCCCAGCCCGAAGGCUCCCGGCCAUGCAGCGCAAAGGACUGUGAGGUCGCGGGGGGCCCACGUGAGUGCCCCGUCUCCCAGCCCUCGCUGUAGGUGGGGUGAGGGGAUGAGGAAGCCAUCUCAAAGCACUGCGGGGCGCGCCCUAUAGUAUGGACUCCAGCACCAUGUGGCCAUCGUGACGGGGAGGCAGAAGGGGCUCCGUGCUGAAACCAGGCCUCCUGGUGGGGGAGGGGCUGCUCAGCUGAGCCAGUGAUCACAGGCAGCUUCUCCAGCAGCAGGGGAGUGGGGAUGAGGGACCCUAAAACCGUGUGCCCUUAGGUGAGCCCUUUUCCCUCCUGGGAAAGGCAGGAUGUCCCAAGGCCCCCCAUUCCCAGCUAGCCAGAUGAGGAAGCCAGGAGUGAGUAAAGGGACUACAGGAAGGGCCUCCCCCAGGGUGCUGUGGGCUCCUAGUGCUGCUUGCUUCCUGGCCAGCUGGAUCCUUUGGGCAGGCAGAAGGGCCUGGGCCAGAGGUGGCUCGGACCCCAACCCCCACUUCCUUCCUGAGCCACAGCUGCCCCCAGCAGUGCUCAGCACAGGAAACCCCGUGGCCUUGGACUCGCACCUGCACAAAUGGGCUCUGGGGUGAAGGUCCAGCUCUGUGAGGCACCUAGAAGGGUCACCAGGGUGGGUCUGAGGGUCUCUGAGGGUCUCCUGUAGAAUAAGUAGUGUUUCCUUGACUCUAUCAUGAGAAAAGAAUUUGUAGGACUCUUCAGUAGGAGGGAAGAGAAAGGUUUAUUAGAUGGAGAUUUUAGGACACACUCAAGAGUGGAGUACAGGAAAUGUGCCAGAAGUGGUUAUAUUUAAGGGUGUCUUUGAGAUGGGUGAUCUAAGGUAUAUAUAUUCUUGCUGUCUAUGGGUCACAACACAAGCCGUGUACAUGUGUUUAAAGUUGAGAUCUGCUGUCCACCAAUAUUGCUGCUUCCUAGUGAAUGGAGGAAGCACAAUUUACAAGUGAAAAGGACAGGUCCAGAACUCAGCUUUACAGGCUCAUUGUGUCUUUAAGACCUUCAGAAAUCUUUUUUUUUUUUUUUUUUUUUUUUUUUGGAGUUUCUUGGAAGGGAAAAAGGCUUGAGUAACUUGUGUUUUGAAGAUGCAGUUAAGCACAAUUUUAAAAUUCUGAUUUCCUUGUCUCCUUUCUACCUAGUUUUUAUAUCUUCUACCUAAGAGGUGCUCAGGGUAGGUGACUUCUUCCUCUCUUUGUGGCAGCCACUGCUGUCCUAUAUUGUAGUCAGGGAGAACCCAGGACCACCUGUGCAACAAAAACACAAAGGCAUGGCAUCCCAUGCACAGAACAGCGCUCCUGCCUGCUGGCUGUCCCGGUCCUAAGGACAGUGUGGCUGUUGGUCAGGCCAGGGUGUCCAGCAAUCACACCAGCCUGCCCUCCCUCCUUUGCUCCGUAUAGCAUCCUCCACUAGUUGCCAGCUGCCAAGUGGCCAUGCCUUGCUGCACUGCCCCUGGCAGGAAUGUCCCUCCCACCUCAACUCCAUGGCCUCAAGGCCCUACAGAAGUGCCAGCCACUGAGCCCGCCCAUGCUGCUCCUGUCUCAGCCCUGUCCUGCAUACAGCCUGGAGCUGGAGGAGACUGCGCUCCUGUCCCACAUAUGGGGACUGGGGUCCACAGGAAGUUGGGUGGUGAGGACCCAAUGGGUAGCAGGAAUUAAGAACAAGCCUAGCUUGGGGGGACUGGGCUUCAUAGUCUCCCGGGCACGGUGGACUGUAGCGGGGACUUGCAGGGCAAGGAGGUGGUUGAGCAGGCAAUGCUCCCAAGUGAGUUUUCUGCCACAGUGAAGAUGCCCUGGGGAUGUAUCUUGAGCUCUGAGACCCGUGGAAUUUCCAGGAUGCUAGGAUUGUCGUGUGACUGUGGCAGGACAUUUGGAAACCCUGGGACCUCAGGGUGUGUGGUCACCUUGUCAAUGGAGGAAACAGGCCUGAGAGGCUAAGAACCUUGCCCAGAUCCUCAGGGGACUAGAAGUUAAUUCUGCAGAGCUCUGAACACAGCAGGGUGGGGUGGCUGCAUUCCUUGGGCCCAAGUCUGUGGUAAGCAGGGCAGGAGGCAGCUGGGGGCCAUCACCAGCACAGGAAGCAAGAUCUGAGGCCUGGAGGCCAUGUCCCAAAAUAGAUGCCUCAGGGCAGGAGGGUCCCCAGCCCUAGUCCCUGAAAGCCUACAGCUCCCUCUCCAGUGCUCAACUUGAGUGUCCCCUUGUAAUUAGUUGGGGAUCCUGGGGUGCUGUUUCCAGGUUGUUGGUGUCCCAAACAAAACUGAGCAGACAAUCAGAAGGAACAGCAAGGGUAAGAUGUAUUAAAGGGAAAGCAUGGGCUGGGGAUUUAGCUCAGUGGUUCCAGUGCCUGCCGCACAAGCGCAAGGUCCCGAGUUCAAUCCCCGGUACCAAAAAAAAGGGAAAGCAGCAAAAGACACUCCUGAGGAAGAGCUCACUGCCUGUAGUGGCAGUGCUGGCUCUCUCUGACUUGGGGUUAUGGGAGGUCCUGUCGCUGGGAUUGACAGGAGUCCUGGCCCAGUGGGGUACUGACUAAGCCUACCUGUCAGCAGGGAGGUUCUGACUAUGCAAGGUUUUUAGAGAUCAGAGUGUCCAAAGCCCACUGUGUGUGUGUGUGUGUGUGUGUACACAAAUGAGGCUGGACCCAGGCCAGUCUUGUCAUUUUGGUUUUGCGCAUGCCUGGGGUUCCUGGGGGAACAGGGUGACCUUUAUCUGUUGGUUUCCUGAUGUUUUUGAUGUCAUCGUCCUGGGUUGGUUUGCUCUCAACUCUUGCCCCAGAGCUUCCUGUUGUUCACUUGUCCUUGCUCUACCUCCUAUCUCACCCUGAUGGCUUUUGUGGCUGUACACAAGGCCCACUCCCAGCAUUUCACUGCCUGCAGGAAGUGGAAGGCAGGCCGGGGGGGUGAGCCUCUGAUCUGGCCAGAGAACCAGAAGAUGAGGCCCAGUGUGGCCCCCAAAUGGGGAGGUGAUGCCUAAGGCCCAGCUUGGUGUCCAGGGCACUGAGAGGUGGCAUGGCUGUGGAACACAGACUACUGCAGACUGGCAGAACUGCCUGAGACUCAAUGGUGUGCCAGGAUUUGUGAGGUACUAGGGAUAAGCAAGGAUGAGGGGAUACAAUCCCUUGGGUGGACCCUUUUGGUACCUGAGGUGGUCUAGAUGAGGUCUGCUAAGAUGGGCUAGGAUGGGGGUCUUCUGGGGUAGUCUGGAGGGUACAGGUCAGCCAAGAUGGUCUAGGAAGGGAUACACUAAGGUGGGCCAGGAUGGGUCUCCUGAGGCAGCAUAGGGUGGCUUAUUUGAAGUGGUCUAUGAUGAAGUCACCUGAAGUGGUCAAGAAUAGGGUCUCCUGGGCCAGGGAUUUAGCUCAGUGGUUCCACUGCCUGCCUUGCAAGCGUAAGGUCCCAAGUUUGAUCCUCGUACCAAAAAAAAAGAAUAGGGUCUCCUGAGGUGAGGCAGGGGUCACCUGAAUGGUUUAGAAUGGGGUCUCUUGAGGUGGUCUAGGAUGGAGUCACCUGAGGUGAAGGUUAGGAUGGGUCACCUACUAUGGUCUACAAUAGUCACCUGAGGUGGUCCUGGCUGAGGUUUCCUGAGGAGAGUUAAGAUGGGUCACCUGAGAUGGUCUAGAAUGGAUCUGAGGGGUAGGAUGGGGUCUCUUGAAGUGAAGUGGGUUAGGAUGAGUCACCUAAGCUGGGCUAGGAUGAAGGCUCUGGAAGUGGAACAAGAUGGGUCACCUAAAGUCUACAAUGGGGGUCUCCUGAGGUGACCUUGGAUAGACUCCUUGGAUUGUCUCCUAGGGUGAGGAGGAAUAGGAUAGCUCACCUAAGUAGUCUAGAAUAGGACUUCCUGAAGUGAUCAGGAUGAUCUUCUGAGAAGGGCUAGGAUGGGGUCUCCUGAGGUGAGAUGGGCCAUGAUGGGUUUCCUGAGUGGUUUAGAAUGGGGUCUCCUGAGGUGGGCUAGGAUGACUCACCUGAGGUGGUCUAGGAUGGGUCACCUCAAGUGGGCUAAAAUGGGGUUUCCUAAGGUGGUCUGGGAUGGGGUCCCCCGAGGUGAGGUGGGCUACAAUGGGAGCUCCAGAAGUGGUAUAGCAUGGGUUACCUGAGGUAGUCCUGAAUGGAAUCUCUUUAGGUGAGGUAGGCUAGGCUAGGUCAUCUGAGUGGUCUAGCAUGUGGUCUCCUUAAGUGAGGUGGGCUAGGAUGGUGUCACCUGAUGUGAGGGGGGUUAGGAUGGGUCACCUGAAUGGUCUAGAAUGGGCCCUCCUGAGGUGUGGUGGACUAAGAUGGACAAGGGUUAGUAUGGGGUCACCUGAAAUCCAGGAUGGAGUAUCCUGAGGUAAGGAGUUAGGAUGGGUCACCUGAGUGGUCUAGAAUGGGGUUGAGGUGAGAUGGGCUAGAAUAGGAGCUCCUGCAGUGGUGUAGGUUGGAGCCCACUAAUAUGGGUUAUGAUGAAAUCUCCUAAGGUGAGAUGGGUUAUGAUAGUUUCUUCUGAGGGCUAGGAUGGGUCACCUGAGAUGGUCCUGGAUGAGGUUUCCUGAAGUGAAAACAGGAUGGAUCACCUGAGCUGUCUAGAAUGCGGUUUCCUGAGGUGUUCUAGGAUAGAUCGCCUCAGAUUGGCUAGAAUGGAAGCUCCUGAGGUGAGAUGGGCUAGAAUCAGGUUUCCUGAGGUGGUCCUGGAUGAUAUAUCCUGAGGUGAGGAGCAUUAGAAUGGGUCACGUGAGUAGUCUAGAAUGGGGUUUCCUUAGAUGGGCUAGGAAGGGGUAGGUCACCUGAGGUGGUCUAGGUUGGGGUCACCUCAGGCGGUUAGGAUGGGCUCUCAGGUGGGAUGGACUAGAAUGGGUCACCUGAGGUGAUCCUGGCUGGGGACUCCUGAGGUGGUCUAGGAUGGGCUCACCUCAGGUGGGGUCCUUUAUCUAGGAUGGGGCCUUAGAUAAAUCUAGGUGUCCCAAGGUUCUCUAGGAUGAGUCUCCUGAUGAGAGCUAAGAUGGAGUCUCGGUGCCUUUCUUCCAGGAACCUGAGCUGCACCCUGCCAGCUCUCCAGUCCUCAGGCCCAGUCACAGGCAAGUGUGACAGGGACAGCCACGGCUGGUGACCUGCAGGUCUAGGGCCAUGAGAGCUCCUCCACAAACAGGAGGGCAGGGUCUUGUGCCCUGAAGUUGCCUGCUGAUGUCUCAAGACGGGAGUUAGAGGGCAACACAAUGUCCCAGGAAGUCCCUCACCCUGGCACCUGGCCCAUUACCUGAAUUGUACCCGCCCUCUGCCCAGGCUGUGAGCGAGACCACCUAUCCUUCAACCUCUGUGAGCUCCUGCACAUCAUGGGCCACUGUAAGCUGCCUACCAUUCGUGUUCAGUGCUGCCGUUCAUGUCACCGCCUGGCCAUGAAGGCUUGUCCCAUGGCCACCAGUGGGUAGCCCACCGCUGACCAGGACCUGGGCAGAACACACAGACUGUCAGGCUGCCCAUGACACACAGACCUCAGGGCCAGCCCUCAUGCCCCAUGGUGCUAACCCCACCCGCCUUAGGGCAGGCAGGGACCCCUCCCCUCAGGAAAGUUUUUUUAUUAUUGUAAAGGUUUGUGUGACGUUUGUUAUUAUUUUACAUAAAUUCUGUUCCAAAGCACAGCUUGGCUUCAUCUUGGAUCAGAGAACCUUAA